GCGUGUCUGGCGCCAUCUUGGUUCUUUGGUCGCUGUCAGGGACACUGAGGACACCGGAGUGACCGGAGGAGGCUGCCCCCAUAUCUGCAGAGCACCAGCACACAGAGCCGGUAUCAUGCUUUCAAGGGUCGCCCUGAUCUCGGCCUCUUCUUUGAAGAAAUCUGCUCCUCUCACAGUGUGUGUUCUGAAUACAUGCAAGUCUUUUCACACUGGACAGCCUGCCCUGGCCCCUGUUCCUCCUCUACCAGAGAAGCCAGGAAAAGUUCGCCAUGGGCUGAUUCCUGAAGAGUUCUUUCAGUUCCUUUAUCCGAAAACAGGAGUCACAGGUCCGUACAUGUUUGGCACUGGUCUCCUUGUCUACCUCCUGUCUAAAGAAUUAUAUGUUAUAAAUCAUGAAACUGUUGCAAUGCUUUCUAUGGGAUGUGUUGUUGUCUACUCUGUCAAGAAGUUUGGUCCUAAAAUGGCAGAGUUCCUCGACAAGCUUAACGCAGAAAAAGUUUCAAAAGCUGAAGCUGUGAAAGCUGCGGCUAUAAAUGACCUUCAAACUUUUAUUGAUGGAGAAAAGAAAGAACAAUGGAGAGCUGAAGGGCGGCACUAUCUGUUUGAUGCUAAGAGGAACAAUGUGACCAUGCUACUGGAAAUAAACUACAGGGAGAGGCUGCUGACUGUUUAUAAUGAAGUUAAAAAGCGUCUAGACUACCAGGUGGCUCUGCAGAACCUUCUACGCAACAAGGAGCAGGAGCAUAUGAUCAGCUGGGUAGAAAAGAAUGUGGUGCAAAGCAUUUCACCACAACAGCAAAAAGAGAGUAUCUCCAAAUGUAUCUCUGAUCUGAAGCUUCUAUCAAAGACAAUACAAGCAAGCCCUUGAGACUUUUAUGUUGCAGCUAUGGACCCUGACAUGUUCAACAGCUGUAUUGUGCAGAACUCUUAAAUACAUAUUUCUAUACACUCUGA